AUUUCUGGAGAAAGAAGAAGUAUGAUGUCACAUACUGUUAUGAGCUUCAGGGAACUGCCAGUUUCUUGUAUUCAAUAUUUUUACAGUAAAGUAAAGUAUUGCAAUGUGAUUUAAGAAUAACUACAAUGCAAACUUGUGAAUUGAAAAGAAAACCGAAGCAAACAACAAUUAAAUGACACGUUUAAAAUAAAUUCUUUGUGAAUUGGAAUGGCUAAUGACAUCAUGCUAAAUGCCCACAAGUAUUCAGGAUUUGAAGAAGGGGUUUUUCAACAUGUUUUUUUUCAAUGAAACCAAAUCGUUUCUUGUGCGACCGUUUCUUUCCAAAUCGGCCUGCCCGCUGACACGCAACUUUACGGCACUCGAGCCGCGGUUGCCGUGACAACUCUUGACAACGCGUCUGUCGUCUGAUCUCGAAAACGUAAAAGACGAUUUACGACCGAGAAGAGGAAAAGACCCGCACAUACGUCGUCCGUCGUGUCACACUGUCGACUGUUCCCAUCGCGAGUGGGAGGUCUGUUUUCAACGCAGGACAAACAUGGAGUCCCCUGAAAGGGUUGAGACUCCACCGCGCUCCCCGGCGGGGGCCAAGGCUGGCAAGGACGUUUCAGAGAUGGUGGCCUCCGAAGAAGCGGUCGCGUUCAUGUUAAGCAUCGAGCCCGUGGAGCUGACCAAAUGUGUCUUUGCGGACUCUCUGGUGACCAUGUCAGAAGGGGGUCGAGACUUGGGGAGGUUCUGCGUGUCAGUGGAGUUUGCUCAUAGAGCUCAUCAGCCAUGCGUGCUGCUGCACGCACAAAGCCAGGGGGCUAUCGACGACUCCCCAUGUGGAACGACAGUGACAGCUUACCUAACUGCUGACCUGGAGGUGCUGGAGGAGGAUCACCACGAGUAUGUCAAGCUUGAUGACCAUAUUUUGGACAAGCAAUGUCACAUGGUGCAAUGUGAUGGAGAGAUGAUUAUUGAAAGAGUCACCACUGAUGGAAAGGAGGUGACAAAGGACAGUGUUACAUAUUCCAUGGCUGCCCUGAGAGGCCUUGUGACUGAGGGUUCCAACUUCUUGCUCAUGCGUCUUCUUGCGUUGAGGAAGAAAAUCCCAGAGCACAUGACUUGCAUCUCCUUUGACCAGAAGUUACACAUCAGCUGCACGACUUUUCGAGGACUGGAACAGGAACAGAUGGAGAUUGAGGGAGAAACCGUGGAGGUAUUUGGAGUGGAGAGGAUUGUUCAUUCUGUGGAUGAAAGCCCGACUACAUGGCAGUGCUACUUUUUGGCCGAUGGGCAUCUUGCUCGCAGAUCGCAGAUGGGAUCUCCGGUUACAAUGAGGUUACUGCAACUCCCAUCACAGAAAGAAGAAGCUUAUGAUAAAAUCCCUCUGGUUUGGGAAGAAGACAUACAGAUGCGUUCUAAGUUCUUGGACAGAAAGGAGGAGUUGAAAGCUGACCACGCGUCAUAUUUAAGAGCGCACCCAGAGAUCCGCGCACUCAUAUCUGACUUCCUGCAAUUUUUGCUCCUCAAAAAACCAAAUGAUGUCUUCCAGUUUGCCAAAGAAUACUUCCUCCCCUUCACCUCAAACACAAGCCUAGAUACCUGAUUACGUUGAUAUCUCACAUUUUCACAAUCACAAGUUUAUAUAACAGCUGUUCAUUCAUCAACACUGGCUACCUUUAUUUUAUUUUAGUGACAUUUGGCAUUAGUGUUUGUGAUGAAAAGAAAAUGUGUUUCUCAGUGUGACGUUGCAUGCGAUUGGAUGGCAACCAAUCCAGGAUAUAGCCUGCUUCUCACACAAAGUCAGAUCGGAUAGGCCCCAGCACUCCAUUCACCCUUAUGAAGAUAAGUGCUAUAACAAAUGAAUGGAUGGAUGAAUGAAAAGAACACGGAAAAAGAAAGGUGGCCGGGGGGGGUGACUGGACAGGGCGGUUGGUUUUCGGAAUUAAGCGAAUAAUUGGACUUGGAUAAUUAAUUGACUGGACAAGACACCUUUCAUAAUAGGAACGCAUUCAAGAAAAUGUCAUUGAAGACAAGAAGAAUCACCAGAAGGAAUUAAUUGAUAAAUGUGCCACGGAAAGGAUUACAAAUGACAGAUCCUUGGAAAGAACGAAGAAUAAAAAUAUCAUGUUGUAAAAUACUGCAAAAUCCAAAUUAAAUGUAAUUAAUAUGCUGUAUUAUCCACACUGGAAAUUAAGUGUACGACUUUAUUGAGCCAUCCUUGACGUGUUUUUUCAAUGCAUGUUGUGUAUUGUAAACUGCUGUUGAAUAAACAUAGCUAAACACUUCUCA